AUGCGCAACAUUCUACAGAAUGUCGCACUUCUUCCAAUGCAGGUACCAAAACCUAGCGAUAUCGCACCUCCACAUGCUGGUUUAGAACCUGAAGGGUUCUGGUUAAUUACUGUCGGCCAAGAAGUAGGCAUCUUCUAUCACUGGGCUGAUGUGGCUGAACGCACCAACUUUGUGAGCGGUAACGUUCAGAAGUGGUACCCCUCGUUCCAGAAGGCACUCGAGGUAUAUACAGUACAAUAUAACGAAGGUAGAGUACGAGCAGUACCAACCCCGGGUGGCCCUUUCUGGCUGCCUGCAUCCCCACCUUCCCCCUCUUGGUCCGCUGACUCGGAUGACUUGUGGUCGCAGGUAGACGACUUAUCGGAGACAAUGACACACUAUGAACUUUAG